AUGACAGAAUCAACUGUUCGACCAUCAAAUCCAAUUUGGAUUGAUGAAAAACAUGAUUUCAUCUCUUCUUUAUUAACACAUCCACGGAUUAUUCAUGCUGAAUUAUCUACAAAUAAUGAUGAAUAUGAUAUUGUAAUUAUUGGUGCUGGGUUUUCAGGUGUAGCAUGUGCUUAUUGGUUACGUAAACUAUAUCCUGUUGAACGUUUUCCACGUAUAUUAUUACUUGAAAGAAAUGCUCGACCAUGUUCUGGUGCAUCUGGUCGUAAUGGUGGUUUUCUUUGGCCAUGUUAUGACUCUUUACUUGGUUAUGUUGAAAAAUUUGGUCACGAAAAUGCUUGUCA